AUGACUGCCCAGACAAUGGCCCACGCGGGCCGUGACAGUCGCUACGAUGCCUUCGCAGCUGCGAAUUUGUCCUACCGACCUCAGUCAGGUUCGCCGACGUUGACGAACCCAGACAUGAUUCUACCAGACUAUGGCGAACCGGAGCAUCUCGACAACCGAUCCCGCUCACCACUAGUGACGUGGAACAAUGCGCAUUCCCCCCACGACUUUCACGAUUUCUCGCAAGCUAGCUAUAUUCCUGGACCACUUCCGCCCACGACGCCCAUCAUAUAUGGCAAUGGCACGAUGCUCUCGGAUAUUGGUGAGGUGACCGAAGUCGAAAGUGCGGCCGGCCUCCCGCCGAGUCGCAAUUCCUCCGGCUUGUCUGGCACCCCUGGAACGAAUAGCGGCACACCUCUACGCUCCUCACCGACAAUGGGAAAGAGAGCGCUCAAGAAGAGACAGAAUAUUGCGAGGCGCGAGCGCCGACUCUCAAUUGAAUCCACGAGCACCGUCAAUACCAUUGAUGGCCCAGAAGCUACCUUUGGCGACUUUGAUGACUCAGUCAGUGUAGAUGAUAGCAAUUUCCAAGGAGAUGAUGAGGAGAGUUUGGCAAGCGAAUUCGUGGAUGAAACGUCCGUUCAAACCCUCGGUGCUUCGACAAUGCCAUCUGGUCACAGAUUGAAUGAGCAUAGACUUUCCACCAACUCGCUGAGCAAACGAGCUGAACAGAUUCUUGCUAAUGCGAAACAUCGCCUUCUGGCUAUGGAAGGCAACCUUAAUAGGGCCAUGACGUUUAGUUAUUCGUCUAUAUCUGAAUGUUCCACCCCGCCUCCUGGUUCUCGCUCGAAUGGCUCGAUCCACGACAGACCGCAGACCAUUACUCCAACACACUCGAGGAAUGUGAGCGAGAAUAGCUUACAAGGUGUUGCUCGUACGACUAUGCUUCCUCAACGAUCUGCCAGUGCCCUUGGUGCAGCUGGUGGCUAUCGCCAACACUUGACGUUGUCCAAGAGUGCCGACGGUUUAGGGUCCAAGCAGAGUUCAAGUUCCGUCAAGUCUCCUCUCUCCUCUAUUGGCUCAGCUUUAGAGCCGCUCGACGAAGAUGAAAGCCCACAAGACGAGGACAACCGUCGCUCUGGUAGUCAGGUUGUAGCUCUAGGCAGCCCAACCUCCGGAUCGCCUAUGGAAGCUAGUGUGACGACGCGGUCCGCCUCGGCUGCGCAAAUGCGAGACCUGCAGGAUCAAAUGCAAGGACUCAAAGGCAAGAUCUCUAGUCUGAAGCAGCAGGCACAGGCAGACAGCAUGAAGAGGCGUAGUUUGCAAAGUUUAAGGGCGCCUAGUCCUUUCACACAUGCUAGGUGGGAACAAGGAUAUACAAGCCCCAAACAAGCAGAUACACCAGAAAUCGGAAAUCCUGGUUUGGCUAGCCCGUUGAAUGGGUCCAAGUCUGGUUUUGAGAAUGAUAGGAUUCCGGAAGAGAUGGGAAAGCAAGAAACGGAAGCACAGCUAAUGGGCGGUUCGGAGGCUGCUUCUCCCCCGUAUGCAUCUCACAAGGAUGAGGAAACACAGAGUAUAGACCGCCAUCAAGUGGUUCGGUCAGCAGACGCAGCUGCAUUGAAUGGCGAAGCAAAGACCACUCCUCAAAGCCGUGAUGAGCGGGAUGAGGCUCACCUUCCAAAUGAUGGAAUGCCCGAGAACGACCAGGAGGACCAAGACCAAGAAGACUUCCCGGAUUAUGCUAGCGAAAGUGGCGAAUCGCUCUAUCAUGAUACACAUCAGGAGCCCACUGAUAUAUCACAUGAAGAUCGGGAAGAUGCGUUUGAUUAUGAACAUUUCUUCCUACACUCUGCCAUGGGCACUCUUAGCCGGCAGCGGGUAACUAGAAGCGAUAGCGUAAGCAGUGUCACAUCUCAAGACUCUGUGGAAACCACACGCGGUCCGACUAUGACGCACGCACGACGACCCAGUAUUGAUACUCUGGCUUCCAUCGACUCUUUCGCAACCGCCAUGGAGGGCAGAGAGAGCCGCAGCUCGGUAGGCCGCUCGACGAGAUCUGACGAUGGGUUUGUGACGCCUACGGACGACUACGAAGAUGAAGACAGCCCACCGGCCACAACCAUCCGGUCGAGUGUUGGCGGGAUGGGCCAAGACAGUCCAAGUGGUAGCGGUAGCGGUAGCGCCAGUGGAAGCAGCAGUGAUUCUACCGGAUAUUACCGAAAGCACACUCGCUACGGCUCAGUCAUUCAUCGACCCGUUAGUGCGAGCACGCCAUCUACUCUGCACCGUCCGUCCGUCUCAUCGUUUGAGUCCACAGGGACAAACAGGAGCUUUCCCCUUGUCAACAAAGCCAGGCUGAGCCAGGGAACCUUGAGCGGAUCGCCAGACAGCCCGCUCAAGCAAGUCGCCGAGUCACUCAUGAAUGAGACAAGAAGCAUAUGUGACAAGGACAGCGCUGGGAGCGGACCACAGUCUCCUGCGAUACAAACGCUCUCACGAGAAGACCAAGUCUUGGUGGAACAAGUCGUGGCAAGUCUGGGACGAUGCGUCUUGGGCCUGAGUGAAGCUACGCGUCUCGGCAACGGAAACCAUGCUGAAUACAGAGAGAGAAUAGAAGCGGCUAGGAAGCUGCUCCAGAGCAUUGGCGACGGAGCACCAAUGUCUCCGUAA